AUGGAUAAAAAUUCAAAUGGAGUUGUAAGUAGUAAAACUACAACGAAUAAUGAUCGUAACAGAGGAAAUAGAUCCACCAACAAAAGAUUCACCACGGUGGAUGAUGGCGAAGCCGAUAUAGAGUGUUCCGGCAAGCAUUGCAAAUCAUGCACAUCAGGAUUAGUAGCAGAUUGUGUUGCACUAUGUUGUUGUCCUUGUGUUGUGUUACAUUGUUUUUCUUUGCCUUUUAUUAUGGGAAAAAAAUGUUUGGGAUUAGGGAGCAAGAACAAGAAUAAGAAGAAGAGAUGUUGUUAUAAGAAGAAAUGUAAAAGGGAGCAUAAAGAUGUUGAUGGUGUUGUGUUAGAAGGAAAAAAAGAAGAGGGUUUGGAUGUAGAACAGUCAACAUCGUCAAUGGAUAAUGUUCAUGUUAAUGAUGGAUUUGAAGCUGAAAAAGUUUGGCAUGAUUUGCAUCAAAUCAGGCAUUUAGGGUUUGGUUGGGUUUCUUUCUCAAAGGAUUAA